AUGUCUUUAUGGAUACCCUUGCCAAAGCCAUCAUCUAGGCUAGCGCGGUAUCGCGUGUUGUCUCCUAAUGCUGGCGUCCAUGUCUCACCCCUGCAGCUUGGUGCCAUGAGCAUCGGUGACCAAUGGGACAAUUUGGGGCUGGACAAGACAUCCUCAUUGAGGCUCCUCGACGCGUUCUACGAGGCUGGGGGCAAUUUCAUCGACACCGCUAGCAACUACCAAGAACAAAAGUCUGAAGAAAUCAUCGGAGAGUGGGCAGAGCAACGGGGCAUUCGUGACCAGCUCGUGAUCGCUACAAAGCGCUUCAAUGACGCCAUCCCCCAUAAAGUGCUAUAUACCGGCAACAAUGUCAAGUCAAUGCACGUCAGCGUCGACGCCAGCUUGAAAAAGCUGAGGACUUCCUAUAUCGACAUUCUGUACGUGCACUGGUGGGACUGGGACACUUCCGUCGAAGAGGUCAUGAACGGUCUGCAUGUGCUUGUGCAACAAGGGAAAGUGUUAUAUCUCGGCAUCUCAGACACUCCUGCUUGGGUUGUGUCCAAAGCGAACCAGUAUGCUCGGGACCAUGGAAAAUCACCAUUUGUGAUCUAUCAGGGUGCUUGGAACGUCAUGAGUCGGGACUUUGAACGGGAGAUCAUACCAAUGGCCCGCUCCGAAGGUCUUGCGCUUGCACCCUGGCACAUUCUUGCCGGCGGAAGACUUCGAACCGACGAGGAAGAGGAACGCCGCCGGCAGACAGGAGAGAAAGGUCGCAAAAUCCCGAAUUACACCUGGGAACGCAACGAGAAGGAGCGGGCCAUGAGCGCAGCGCUGGAGAAGGUCGCCAAUGAAGUCGGUGCGAAGCACAUCGCAGCGGUGGCCAUUGCAUAUCUCAUGCAGAAAACGCCCUAUGUCUUCCCAAUUAUUGGUGUGCGAAAAGUAGAGCAGUUGGAAGCCAACCUGGAGUCCCUGGCGAUUUCGUUAUCACCUGAGCAAGUGAAGUAUUUAGAGAGUAUCGUUCCUUUCGACAUUGGCUUCCCUAACAUGAUGAUCGGUGAUGGUACGCAAUACAACGUUAUGUUGCUGCACGCCACAUAUCUGGAAAAGCAGCCGCUAGGGCAGCCCAUAGUUCCAGAUGCUGAUUAG